AUGGCGUCUGCAAACAAAACCCCAUCCGGCGCCGAACUUGACGAAGGCCUCGACAGUAUAGACAAGACGGAUUCGAAACCGCCUAACACCGCGCGCGCAAACAAGGCUAGCUCUACCGGCCGCGAAGAUUCACUUCAAGUACCAGACAGUGGCAACUCCAACUCAAAUCGAAGACCCAUAGAAACUUCCAUCUGGGACUGGGACACCCCAUUGGAUAGCGUUGGGGAGUCAACAUCCUACUAUUACGAACCCCAGGGGGAACUGCUGCAAGAGCAACGUGAACAACGAUCUACAAGAGGAGAGUUCAACAUACCGACUGUCGUUCCUGGCUCUGGUAUGAACUGGCCCUUUCAAGGAGCAAACGGAUCAAUCGAUAGUCAAGACUUUGCCGUACCUCGACGUCCUACCGGCAACAUACCUGUCAGCCUUCUCGGUGUGAAGAGAAAGUCCGCGUCAGAACAAUCGCCCAACGUUUCCAGUCGUGCUGAUAAACGUAUGUCGCGCACCACCAUGUCCGAUUCUGGUGAGGAUGAGUCCUCGCCGACGGAUACUCAACCUCCCUCGCACAACACUCGUUCACAAAGUGGCCCCAGUGCUAGGGGACGAGGAGCGACCGAGGCUUCGGAAGGCAGACGAGGUCCUCAGAGCAUAGACAUAGAGUCUCUUCGGCCUCCCUUCGGUGGUGCUAUCCCUGGUACGGGACCACGUCGCAUGACGGAUCCUGGCGUUCCUAUGGUCUUGCCUGCUCGUAAAGUGUUUCCAAUCCAGAUUGGUGAUAAGCUGUUUAGGUUGUCUGGAGCGUCGAUAUCAUCUGAUGCCCCUUCGUACUUUUCGCAGUUCUUUGAAGAGCAACUACGGCAGAGUGAAGGCGCAGACAGUGUUCGCACGCUUUACAUCGAUCGAGACCCGGCGACAUUCGAAGACAUAGCACUACACUUACAAGGAUACCACAUCGAGCCCAAGGAUGGACCGCACUUUGUCAAGCUGUUUGCGGAUGCACAGUUCUUUAGCUUACCGCGACUCACCGCACAGCUCUUCUCAUCGACUAUCUACAUCCGAAUAGGGGAUGAAGAGUUCCAAAUACCACGGGACCUCUUCAGCAACCCCGGCGACUCACCCAACUACUUCUCGCUAGGAUUCUCGAUGUUCCUCACCACACCAGGCGACGCAUUCCCGGGACUGUCCCAACGAUCCCUCCUCCGACCGCCCACGAUCCUCCCCCCAAGCGUCCCAAAUCGAUCGGCGAAAACCUUCGCAGACCUCAUGCAUGUCCUCAAGGGCUACCCCGUCGAAAUCCGAAGCGAGCAGCACCGAGCAGAACUCCUCCGCGACGCGCGAUACUUCCACCUCAAAGGCCUCGAGCAGCGCCUGAUCCCGCACUCCAUUUCCUACAACCUCGCGUGGAAACGCUCCGAAAUCUCCCUCCGCCUCGAAGACAUCCGGCAAUCCGGCAUCUCCUUCGUCAGCGACAACACACUAUCCGGCGCCGUCUCCGCCGCGCCCUCCCCCGCCAGCAGCACCACCUCCAGCACGCCCUCGGGCCCCGGCUGGAUCUACUACCAGAGACCAUACGUCGACUCCGAAGCACACAGCCUGAUCCUCGAAAUCACCGGCGAAGAAACGACGCUCCUCGCCGUCGAGCCCCCCAACGCCAUCUCCGCCGCGCGCAUGUGCCGCGCGACCUUCUUCAAACAGACGCUCUCGCGCAUCACGAGCCUCUUCUCCGUCAUCGCGAACAAGAUGAACCUCCCCGUCACGCAGCCCCUCGGCCUCAUGAUGAUGGAGCGCGGCGCGGGCGUCGCCAGCUUACCGGUCAGUCCGCGCAAUACGGGCAUGAGCGAGGAGAAAGUGAAAUGCCGCAUCGGACCCGAUGCAGACGUGCUGGUCGAUGGGAAGGAGUGGUUCGUCAGCGGGAAUGAGGACGGAGAUGACGAGGACGACGGCGGCGGGGGUGGGGGUUCGUCCAUGGAUAUCGAUAAUUUUGCCAGGAGCAAGAGGAGGAAACGGCGCGCGAAUGAUGAUGACGAUGACGAUGGGAGUGAGGAGUGGAUUCUGAGGAAGGCGCAGUGGAGGUUAAGGAUGCAGCCUGUGAGCGGCGGGGUGCAGAGUGGGAAGAGUGGGAUGGAGGUGAUUUUGGGGGCGGUGAAGAUUGAGGCGUUUAGUACGGAGAGGGGGAGGAAUGCUUCGAGGGGGUUUUUGACGUAG